CGCUGAAUUUAGAAACUGCAUCGUUUUCAGUACGGCUAGUGGGAUCUGAGUUCCACCGAUUUGUCUUGAGUGCUAGCUUAGUUUUGACUUUUAUGCUGUAGUUUACUUUCAUCCCCUAUUGUAUCACCAUGUCGGUGGCGUUUGCACCUCACAGGCAGCGGAAAGGUGAUAUAACAGCCGCUGGAAUACAGAAGUUACUUGAUGAAAACAACCACCUGAUCCAGUGUAUAAUGGACUUCCAGAGUAAAGGAAAAACAGCAGAAUGUUCACAGUAUCAACAGAUGCUUCAUAGAAAUUUGGUGUACUUGGCCACGAUAGCAGACUCUAAUCAGAACAUGCAGUCUCUCCUUCCUGCUCCACCCACUCAAAACAUGCCUAUGGGCCCUGGUGGCAUGACCCAAAGCGGACCUCCUCCCCAGCCCCCACAUGGUCAUAAUAUGCCCUCUGAGGGAAUGGUCAGUGUUGGCCCCCCAGCCCCCCAUAUGCAGAGCCAGAUGAAUGGACAGAUGCCUGGUCCUAAUCACAUGCCCAUGCAAGGACCCGGUCCAGGCCCCAACCAGCCUCCAAACAUGUCCAGUGGUUCCAUGAACAUGCCCCCCAGCAGUCAUGGCUCCAUGGGGGGUUACAAUCAUGCUGUCCCAUCCUCUCAGGGGAUGCCGGUUCAGAGCCAAAUGAGUAUGACCCAAGGCCAGCCAAUGGGAAACUAUGGACCUCGACCAAACAUAAACAUGCAGCCAAGUCAAGGUCCGAUGAUGCAUCAGCAGCCUCCGUCACAGCAGUACAACAUGCCUCCAGGUAGUGGUGGACAGCACUACCAAGGACAACAGAACCCUAUGGGUAUGAUGGGUCAGGUCAACCAGGGGAACCACGUCAUGGGACAGAGGCCAAUGCCCCCCUACAGACCCCCACAGCAAGGACCCCCUCAGCAGUACCCAGGACAGGAAGACUACUAUGGGGACCAGUACAGUCACGCAGGCCAGGGAGCCUCAGAAGGUAAUGCCCAGUAUGGCCAGCAGCAGGAAGCAUACCAGCAAGGCCCCCCUCAGCAGCAGGGUUAUCCUCCACAGCAGCAGUACCCAGGUCAGCAGGGCUACCCGCCACAACAACAAGCUUACGGCCCCUCCCAAAGUGCUCCGGGACAGUACCCUAACUAUCCGCAGGGGCAGGGCCAACAGUAUGGGGGCUACCGUCCUCCCCAGCCCGGACCCCCUCAGGGCCAGCAGCAGCGCCCGUACAGUUACGACCAGGGGCACAUGAGGAAAUAAGGAAGCGGGGAUUUGAACCCCUGACUAGCUCUGUAAGAAGCAAAGGCCCAGUAUGGAAAUUACCAGCAAUGAGAGAUGGUCACAGCAUCCUCCCCUGCUCUUCUGAUCUCUGUCUGGGCUUUGACCUUUUGGUCAGCUGCAAAACAUUCUGUUUAAUGAUGGUUUCAGCUCAGCUCCGCUUAGAUACCCACAAAAACCAAGAAAACAAGACACAUUUAGCAUCUUUUUACGGCUUUUCACAGUCGCCUGCUUAACGUUGUCCCGAUUUCUCUUGCACAUUGGCACGAUAAUGUUACAGUACACGACUCACCCCAGUAUGUCUCCAAAAAGCAAUGCCUUAAAAAUGGAACCGCCUUAUCCUUAGCAUUGCAGAUUGUGAAACGGGCUGUCAAAACGUCAAAUAACAAAUGAUUCAAAUGUAGUUUCAGUCGACUGUGGUGCAUUGUUUCUCAGUCCUGCAUCCCUCACCUAAAGAAGCAAUAAUACCAGCAGUUUGGAAACGGUUAGGGACUUGGAGGAAACAGUGCAAACGCACCAGGUGAACUUCCAGCUAGGCAAUGGUACAUGUCUCGAUGUAUGUGAUGAUGUAAAAAUAUAUUUUAUGCUUUUUAGAUCAAGCUAACUUUGUAUAAGACCUCGAAAAGUAGUACUAAAUGUUGUUUAUUUCGAAGAAGAAAAAAGUGUAUGUGUCUGUAUUUUUUAUUUUUUUAUGCUCUUUGAUGGUAAAUGAGUCCUUUUCAGCACAUUUUCUUUGUUGUUAAAACUGUGUAACUAUUAAAUUAGAUUGCCAAGUCAUCGGCUUUGACUUUGUAUGAAUACUCACUAAAAAAAAAUCAUUCAACAUGUACACACAUUCAAAUGCACAGAAGCAGAGAAAAUAUGAAGAGCAUGUCUGGAACAUGAAAGUCUUUGAUGUUUAGAGAAAUUCUUUUCAAAAUUUGGCCUUAAGACAAAUUAAAAAAAAAAAAGAUUUAGAUCACAAAUUCAUUUUUUAUGAUAUUGCCAGGCAGAGGUGGCAUUUGAAUUGAGAAAAGUAAUAUGUAGCAGAAUUUAUCGAGUUGAAGGCCCCCUUUUAUUUUUUUACAGUGAAGUGACUUGGAAAGAUCAAAUAACUCUUAGUUUUGUUAGAUGGUAGACGGCAGUACUGGAAUCCCAUCUGCCCUUGGAAUAACCGUCUACAUUGAUGUCAUUUCAAAAGUGUUAUUUGUGAAUAAAAAAAAAAAACACAUUUUGUGUCAAAUAUGUAAGAUAAGAUGUGAAAAUAAUGUUCUUGAAAUGGAUUCCUUAAUUUUCACGGUAAAUACUGGUUGUGCAGUUUUAUAUCACUGGCUUGAUAUCUGUAUUAUGGUGCAUAUUUUAUUGAUCCCAUAUGUACAGCAUCAUAAAGAAGAGGAAUCCGGUGUCCUCUUUUAUUGUUUAUAUGGCUGUUCUAAUAUUUUUCAUUCUGCGAUCCCAUUUGAAGUUGUGGUCACAUUCGUGUCAUGGCAAUGUAAACUGUACAUUACAAUAAAUCGGAAAAAUCUUUAAUAUA